CCGGCCAGCUCCCGAUUAAAUAUUAACCUUCUCCGCCUAGACCGGUAGACCCUAGCUCACGGCGGCUCACGCUUUCACGCCGUCCGAGAAGAUGGCCUCCGCGACGCAGCAGCAGCAGCAUCGGCGCGCCAUGGCCGUCGUCCUCGCCGUCCUCCUCACGGCCAUGCCAAUGCGCGCCGCCUCGGGCGGGUGCGAGGGCGACAAGUUCCCCGCGGGCCGGAGCUACGCGCACUGCGCGGCGCUCCCCAAGCUCGGCGCCAGGCUGCACUGGACCCACGACGCGAGGACGGGGUCCCUGUCCGUGGCGUUCGUGGCGAGGCCGGCGGGCGCGGGCGGCGCCGGGUGGGCAGCGUGGGCGAUCAACCCGGCGGGGGACGGCAUGAAGGGCGCGCAGGCGCUGGUGGCGUUCCGGCCCUCCCCCGCGGCGCCCUACGCCGUCAACACCUACAACAUCACCGGGUACAAGCCGUUCGGGGCCAGCUCCACGGCCAUCGCGUUCCGGCCCACCGAGCUGGCCGCCGACGACGUGGCAGCCGCCGGGGAGGUGCGGCUCUACGGGAAGCUGCAGCUGGCCCCCGGGACCGAGGUGGUCAACCACCUCUGGCAGGUGGGCUCCGCGGUCACCGCCGGCGCGCCCGCCAAGCACGCCUUCGACAAGGACAACCUCGAGGCCAAGGGCAAGCUCGCGCUCUCCGGCGCCGCGCUGGCGCCCGCGCCCGCGCCGGCCGCCGCCGGUGCAGGUGGCUCGUCGGCGGCUAAGGGCAGCAGCGCGGGAGGAGCCACCACCCCGUCUGGCGCGAAGCCGUCGCCGGCCAAGGCCGCCGCGGCUGCUCCGGUGCUCAUGCUUCUCGCCUUAGCGGUGGGUUUCAUUGCAACCGUAUGAUUGGCAUACGGCCAUACGGGGCAGGCAGCGGUUGUUGCCAUUGGUUACAGUUUACCAGUGCACUACACGCUAACACACGAUGGUUGUGGUGCGCAAGGAUACGGUUAGAGCGAGGAGAUGUGUGGUGUGUUCGGGCAGUGAGGGUGCUGUACUAGCACUGUGCGCGCGCGAUGUGGUUUCGAUCGUCCUUAGCCGCGCGAGAGUUCAGAUUUGUUGCUAUAGGUGAUGCUUGUUUCUCUUUUGCAAUUUUGGCUGUAUGUUUCGGCAUCUGAUGAUUUACUGUAUUGGAUUAUCUCAUUGUUGAAUGA